AUGGCAACCAACAAAGAACGUAUUGAAAAUCUUGAAGCUGCAAUUGGACAGCUUAAAAACACUGUUGGACAGCUACAAGGUUCUAUUAGCCAAAUGGAUUAUGGGAUUAAUAGUAAGUUACAACUGAUUGAGGUAGCUAUUUCAAAGUUCUCUGAGAUGUCUUUCUCUAACAAAGACGGAUCCAGCAGCAUCAGAGAUCGAAGUCAAAAUCGAUAUGGCCGAGAGGAUUCAAGAGAGGGAGGAAAGCCUAUUUUUGCUUCCAAACUCGCAAAGAUUGAAUUCCCUAAAUUUUCAGGCGAUGACCCAAUUGAGUGGAUGACUAGAGUGGAGCAGUUCUUCGAUUACCAAAAAACAUAUACCUUUGAAAAGGUGUGUUACCACCUCCAGGGUGAAGUAAAUCAAUGGUGGAGAUGGCUCAAGCGUUCAUACGAAGAAGAAGGCAAGGAAGUAUCUUGGGACACAUUUGUCGAAGAAUUAUCGUUCCGUUUUGGACCAACCGAAUGCGAAGACUUUGAUGAGUCCCUUUCCAAAAUUCGACAAACAGGCCCUCUACGAGACUAUCAACGGGAAUUUGAACGGCUGGGGAACAAAGUGAAGGGGUGGACCCUGAAAGCCCUAGUGGGAACCUUUAUGGGUGGCCUUAAAACAGAGAUAUCAGACAGAAUUAGAAUGUUCACACCCAAGACGCUCAAGGAAGCCAUUAAUUAUGCUCGAAUGCGGGACGAACAACCCCAGAGGCAGAAGAAAGCCAUUCGAACAUUUACCCCACCCAGCUCGCUAUCGCCAACAAAGGAAAAGACUGCAACUCCGGUAAAACGCCUUUCAUGGGAAGAGAUGCAAAAACGCAGGGCUGCUGGGCUUUGUUUCAACUGUGAUGCAAAAUUCACUCCCGGGCAUAGGUGUGCCAAACCUCAAUUGCUUUUGUUAGAUGGCGGCACUGAGGAUGAGGGUGAAGAUGAGCCAGAAAUAUCCCUCCAUGCUCUUAUCGGGUGGUCUAACUCACAAACCAUGAGAGUUCUGAUCAAAAUCGGAUCCACAGAGAUGAUUGUCCUCAUUGAUAGUAGCUCAACUCACAACUUCAUCAAUGGCAAGAUGGCAGAAUCCCUCAGAUUACCGGCAACGGCGGUUAAGCCAAAAAAGGUGAAAGUCGCCAAUGGGGGACACUUACAUUGCAGUGGAAAGUUUGAGGAUGUGAAUCUCCUGGUUCAAGGUAUACCCUUUACUAUUAUAUUAUAUUCUUUACCUAUAAUGGGUUUGGAUAUGGUGCUAGGAAUCCAGUGGCUCCAACAAUUGGGGGAUGUGAAUUGCAAUUGGAAAAACUUAACUAUGAAAUUCCAUUGGAAUGGACAUCUCCAAUUUCUUAAAGGAAUUAACAGCCAACUCAUUCAACCAUAUUCCACCAAGAAGAUGGAGAAAGAGUUAAGACAUAGGGGAUCUAUAUUUGCAAUCUGCUUCCAAAUGCAACAAGAAGUACUUCCAAACAGAAUUCAUCCAGAUAUGCAACAAUUACUCCAUCAGUAUUCUGAUAUUUAUCAACAUCCGACUGAGCUACCUUCGGAUAGGGAAAUUAAUCAUCGCAUCCUAUUAAAGGAAGGGACAGAUCCUGUUAACGUUCGUCUCUACAGCACAAGUCCUUUUUCUUCUCCUAUUUUACUUGUUAAGAAAAAAGACAGAUCUUGGAGAUUCUGUACAGAUUAUAGAGCCCUAAAUGCUAUAACUGUUAGGGACAGAUUUUCGAUUUCCACUGUUGACGAUAUGAUAGAUGAAUUACAUGGGGCAGCCUACUUCACUAAACUUGACCUUAGGGCGGGGUUUCAUCAAGUAAGAGUUCAUCCAGAUAACAUUCAUAAAACAGCUUUUCGUAUCCAUAAUGGUCACUAUGAGUAUUUAGUCAUGCCCUUCGGCUCCAAUUGGACCAUGCAUCUUGAACAUGUCAAAUUGGCUUUUGAAAUAUUGCGACAACACCAAUUUUUUAUUAAGCUCAGUAAAUGUGCAUUUGGGCAGCAACAGAUUGAAUAUUUGGGUCAUAUUGUGUCUCAUGAAGGAGUAAUGGUGGAUCAAGGAAAAAUUAGAACAAUGAUUGAUUGGCCAAAACCUACUAAUGUCUCUAAUUUACGUGGUUUUUUAGGCCUUACAGAACAGGCAAAGCAAUCCUUUACAGAUUUAAAGCAAGCAAUGUCCUCCACACCAACUUUGGCUAUGCUCAACUUUAAUGAGGAAUUUGUCAUAACAACAUAUGCUUCGAAUGAAGGCAUUGGGGCUGUCCUUUCUCAGCAGGAUAAACCCAUUGCUUUUAUAAGCAAAUCCUUAGGAGUUUCUAAACAAACCUGGUCCACCUAUGCUAAAGAAAUGUUUGCCAUUGUUCACAUUGUGACUCCGGAACAACAAAAGUGGGUCUCUAAGCUGCUUGGUUAUGAUUAUGAAAUCAGAUAUAAACCGGAUAAAGAAAAUGUCGCCGCCGAUGCACUAUCAAGAAUUGCAGGGAGUCCUAGCCUUGAUGCACUCUUUAGUCCACUGACCUCUUUUUGGGAUUCUUUAAGGGCAACUGUUACUAAACAUCCCUACAUGAUUCAAAUUGGGAAAUUGGCCACUAGUAAUCCGGGAAAACCAUAUUUGUGGAGAGCUGGGUUAAUUCUUUACAAGAAUCGGGUUGUCAUUCCCCCUGUGUAA